UAGGUAACCUUAUCUAGAUCGCACGCUGUAUGCGAUUGAAUUAAAAAAGUUUUUAAGGAUUUCGCUCGCUAGAUUUUGGCUUGCAAGCAAAUUUGGAUUGUCCGAUGGAGUCAGCCUUACACAUGCCGUUUCCGUUGUUGAUGAAUUCAAAUGCCUCUACGUUUCCGAGCUGCUUUCUUCUCCUUUCUCGGCAACCAAACAAAGCCCACAGUUUCUAAAACCCUAAACCGAGCCCUAGAAAUGGCGACGGGAAGGAGACCAAUGUGCCCGAAGUGUUCGAAGCCCUCCCGUCUCUGCUUGUGCACUCGAAUCAAGACCCCGUCUCUCGACAACUCCGUCGCCGUCACCAUUCUCCAACACACUCUCGAGCGAAAUCACCCUCUCAAUUCCACGCGCAUCGCCGCUAUAGGCCUCAAGAAUCUGGACGUCUUCUCCGUCUCCGACGUAAACUCCGAAGCUCGCUUCGCCAUUCACUUGCCGGAAUCAGACGGAAUCCGACCUGGUAGGGCCCCAAUCGUGACAUUUACAAUUCGCAAAUCUGGCGUCUGCAGCUCACUUUCGCAUCAUUUGACGCCUCGAUCUCAAUCCCAGCCCCCAAACCUCGACACGCUCUUGGCUUCUCCUCCAGUGCUCGAUGCUCUAGGCGAAGGAUUCGUCGUAAAGAAAUGGCGGAACAGCGAACUGAAUCGGAGCAUUGAAACUGAAGAAUCCGAAGAGUUCGAAAUUGCGGUUACUCCGGGAUCGGUGCUUCUGUUCCCGAGCGAGAAAUCGGUGGGGAUCACCGCCAUGGAUGUGGAGGUGAAGAAGUUGAUUGUGCUGGAUGGAACGUGGCCGAAGGCGAAGAGGAUGUACAGCGAGAACCCUUGGCUGAAAGUUUUGCCUCAUCUGAAGCUGGAUUUGGAGGAGGAGAAGGGGAGCUUGUACGGAGAAGUGAGGCAUCAGCCUAGGGCUGGAUGCUUGUCCACCAUUGAAAGCAUUGUGUAUGGAUUGAAGGCCGUGGGAGAUGGAACUGAUGGAUUGGACAAUCUCUUGGAAGCUUUCGAGUCGAUGGUUGGAGAUCAAAGGCGGUGCAAGGAUGAGAGAUUGAGCAAGAUUCCUCUCAGGGGAGUCCUAUAA